AUGCCACCAAUUCGCAGAUAUCUUCGCAUAACCAAGUACUCCGUACUCGAAUGUCGCAUAUAUGUUGAUCAACCAGCCCUCGCUGAAUCAUGGCUACUAAACUCCAGAGCUCCAGUCUUGCCCCGCGUCUUUGAAAGCGUACGCCCUCUAGUACUGCCAAAGCUCCGGGAAGAAAAUGAGAGAAGCAAAGGCAAAGGCGGAAAGAAGAAAGGGGUGAAGGAUGUAGUAGCAGAAGAUGAUUUCGAAGUGUCAAUCUUCCUGACCGAAACCAGCACAAGACAUUCUCUUCUCACCAAGCAGAAGAACUUCAAAAUUAAGACCAAGGAGCCGUUGAAAUCCAACUCCAACAAAAUCACUGGCGACACCAACGAGAAUGCGAUCGAUGUCGAUGAUGUACCUGCUCUGCGCACCGAGGAAAGCGAGGAGAAUGGAGUCGACCUCGCAACCCUGCCUGCGGCCGACGAAGAGGACUCGUUGUUCGUUGCAGACAACCCUCGGCGAUCAAAGCGCUCACGACCGAAUACCAAUAUAGACUCCGAAGAAUCUUCAUUCGAUUCUGAACCCCUUACAAAAAGACGCAAAGAUGGAGACGUUGAAGAGGACGACGAAGAUCAAGAAGCACCAAACGAUGACAAAAAGAAAAUGGCAAUGGAUACUACGUAUGAAGGAUUUGCGAUCUAUGGUCGGGUACUUUGUUUGAUUGUCAAGCGGAAAGAUAGGAAAGGCAAAGGACCGGCCGCAAAUGGAGGAGGCCAGGCUAUGAUGGAGGAUUGGAUUGCGUCUACACAGAUGCCUCCAGAGGAAGAUGAUUUAAAUGGUGAAAGCUUACUCUCUUGA